AUGUUCGAGGGCGCGGUCGCCGGUAUCCUGAACCGGCUGCUUGGCAAAUAUGUCCAGGACCUUGACACAGAAAAUCUAAACGUGGGCAUUUUCUCCGGCAAUGUCAAUUUAACGGAUCUUAAGCUUAAGCCCGAGGCUCUGUAUGAAUUGGAUCUCCCUAUCGAUGUCAAAAUUGGCACUAUUGGCCGCGUCAGUCUCCAGAUACCAUGGUCCGGGCUGUACACCAAUCCUGUUGUCGUCAACAUCGAUGAUGUGUUAUUGUUGGUGGGUCCAGCUAUCUCGAAUAGUUACUUCGAUCCUGAAAGAGAGAGAAGACUAACCAGAGCUGCCAAAAGAAAGAUUUUACAGGAUUUAGAAGCAGAAAGUGAGAUUCUAAAGGGUCCUCAGAACUUUUUCGAGAGUCUCUUUACAGCGAUUGUAAAUAACAUUCAGAUUUAUGUAAGGAAUGUCCAUGUAAGAUAUGAAGACUCUAUCAGCUCAAAGGAUGGUCCGCUCGCAUGUGGAUUGUGUUUGCAAAGUCUAUCCAUAGAGACUACAAACAGCAAAUGGAAGCCAUCUGUGACCCCAGUUAAUGCGUCCACCGUGUAUCAAAUGAUGCGCAUCGAGUCUCUCUCGCUCUACUGGAACCCCACAGCAACGGCUCUGGAUGACAACGAGACGGCACACAUCACCCCAAUGCAAUAUUACAAUUGGAAGCAUUAUAUGUUAACAGGAUUAAACAAAUUUUCUAUGCAUCAUGAAGACUUCGAAUUUUUACUUAAACCAGUAACUUGCAAGGUCAAGGUGCUUAUCAACAGAUCUGGUGAAGCUAGGGUACCGAGACUUCUUUUGGAUGCGGUAUUACAAGACAGUGCGUUGCAACUGUCACGGCGACAGUAUCUAUCUAUAGAUAACUUGCUGUCUUCAUUCCGUCGGAUAAAGUUAAAUAGAAAAUACCGGCACCUCCACCCUGGUAUGCCGUUAUUGAAGGAUUUAAAGAAGUGGUGGCGCUACGCUUACAACGUGGUAGUGGAGCAACGCGUUAGACCUUACACGUGGGCGGCCAUAAAGAAACACAGGGAGAACUAUAACACAUACAAACAGACAUACAAGAGUACGUUACGGAGUCCCAACGAUACAGAACUAAAGUUGGACUUACAGAAGUGUGAAGAUAACCUUCCAAUAAUUUCGGUUGUCAUUGCAAGGGAGCAGGCGAAGUUCGAAUUACUCACUCAAGAGCCAGAGCGUAUUGAAGUGGUUGAAAGUGAGCUCGACUGGUGGAAGCCUACUAGUUCUGAUGUAGAGGGCGAAUCUGACGUAGAAACUAAAACCCAUGUGGAGCUGUGUGUGAAGACAGAAAGAAGCAAGAGUCUUUGGAGCCAUCUCUCUAGUCCGGAAAAGAAAAGAGUUUGUGAGCUGAUAGGCUAUGCUGAAGGUGCUCCGAAGCAAGACAAAUCAAAGCAGUACAUUGAACACAAGUUAAACUUGACGCUGGCCAAUUGUUCCCUAACACUGAUGAAUAGAAGCAAAGAAGUGUUGGUUGUGACACUUACACAGUUCCUCGCUUCAUUGGAAACUAGACCUUCGGCGAAGGCUUACAAGGUAUCUGCCCGAACGGAAUGCAUAGUGAUAGAAGGAGCUACAUCAGACGGUGAACUUGUGCCUCUGUUGACCACGGAAAGGGGUACAGCACUGACCGGUUCUAACCUUCUGGCAGUGGACUUCGAACGGAAUCCUUGUAACAGCGAGGCUGAUUACGGGCUCUGUUUGCUAAUGGAGCCCGUAGAAAUGCUUUAUAUCGAACAUGCUUUUACAGAAUUGAUAAACUUCUUCCAAACUCACUCAAUGACGUCGGAAGAUUUAGCUAAGGAGCUGUCUCUAGUGUUCGAGCGAGCUGGUGGAGUUGGGCGGUCAGUACUGGCCUACGCCGUUAGUAGGCGCAAGGUGUUCCAGGUCAAUGUGGACUUGAAAGGCCCUUGUAUCGUUGUACCAGAACAUGGCUGUGUGCACAAAUCUGGUCGUGUAAUCGUCUUGGACCUAAGUCGGAUAAUAGUGAAGUCUGACCUUCAGCCAUCGAACCUGGCUCUUGAGGAUGCUACGUGUAUGGAGCUGGAGGAGAAGCUUUACGACCGGUUACACGCUGAAUGCUCAUGUCAAGUUUUAUUCUCGGAAUGGAACGAACCGUGGCGCGAGUAUCGUAAGCACGCUGACUCAGAGCUUCACCUCAUUCCAAAAGUCAAGGUUCAGCUCGUGUUCUCUAGCAGCAUUAAAAAGGAUUACAAGUUGUUACCAAGAUAUAAGCUAAACAUUUCCCUUUCAAGCUUGAAACUGAAUCUCUCCGAUCGCAUCAUUGGUCACAUUCUAGAUUUCUGCGACAAUCUUCCCAUACCCGUGCCCAACACUGUGCCCGUCUCAUUCAUGGAUUCAGGCGAUUACAUUGAAGACCUGGAGGACCCCGAGCUGGCAGAGACUCUUGAAUUAGAUCGCGUGUCAGCGGAUCCUGGAUAUAAUGAGCUAGUGAAAUUAAGGCAGAAGAUCGUGGCUGCGUAUUUAGGUAGAAACAGCGAACUGAGUGAUGACGAAGUGGAGGAGUACGCUCGGUCCGUGGACCUGCCCGGCUUCGAUGACAACGUCUCUCCGAGUAACACCAUCGGCACCCUGAUGCGGUUUGUCAUCGGUGAGAUAGUAAUAAAUCUAAGCCGCUCCAGCGACCAAGUGGACCGUCCAUACAUCAUGCUGAGUAUCACCAAGGUCUGCUUGGAUGUGGCCCUGAUGGAAUACGGGCCUGCCAUUCAGCUGUCGGUGGACCAGGCAUUGCUCACCGAUAAGCAACAUCACAGCAGCACUGGCCAGUACUUGGAACUGCUGACCAGUUCCGAAGAUCUAUUCAACUUGUUGUACAGAAAAGUGCGCGCCAACUGCCCGGAGUUCCGGUCGCACUUCCACAGCGUGGAGCACGCGCUGGUGGUGGAUACGGGCCCCGUCACGCUGCUACUGCACGCCGACGCUCUGCGCACGCUGCUCAAGUACCUCCAGUAUCUGCACGAUAAGAUUCAAAGUAGACACGCGUUGAAUGUGAAGAAGACGGUGCUGCCGAAAACAGAGUCAUUGUGGAACUAUCUAAUGAAACCCGAAGCUGACCCGCCUGUGCCACCGGGAGCAACUAAAUUUAGCUAUUCAGUCAGGGCAACAUCCAUCUCUGUGCGUUUGUGCCACUUGGAUUGCUCACUGGUCGAGAUCCGGCUGACUGCGCUGGAGAGUGACUGCGUGUUCCGCGCCAACGACCGCAUGAUCUUCAAGCUGUACCUGGGAUCUUUCCACCUCGAUGAUUUAUCUGAAAAUACACUUUAUCCAAAGUUGGUGUGGCCAGAUGAAGACAAAGUGCUUGAGAUAAAAUACGUUCGUGCGGCGACUCGUCUGCGCGCUCACGCGCACGCCGAACUGCGGGUGUACCUGGGGAGGCUACACGUCGUGCUUUUCUGCUCUUUGCUGCACCAUCUGCAGCAAUUCGCGGAGCCACUGGUGCCCAGCACAGCAGCGGCGGAGGCGGCGGCGGCAGCCGAGCGCGAAGCUAAGCUUCGCGCGCAAAAACUUCGCGCAUGCGCAGAACGACUCAGCCUUAUCAUUGAGCUCCAUGCUCCAGUGCUACUUCUCCCGCAAAAACCUUCUUCCCCGGAUUUACUAGUUCUAAAUAUGGGUGACUUACUCAUAGAAAAUUUCUUCAAGCCUGUGAACGUCAGCCAAGAUCCUAACAGUCAAGUCGCAAAUCCCAUAAUAGACAAUGUAUUGAUCAAGCUUGAAAACAUCACCCUAUCAAGAGCUGUGAUGACCUUGGCUGGCACUUUAGAAGUUCAGGAACCAAUCCUAGAACCAAUGUCAGUCCGCUGCGACUUGAAACGGACGGUGAGCUACCAGCAAAUGGCGAGUGCCUACCGCGACCUGCUGCUUUGCGAAGCCGACGUUGUUAUAGACACUGUUAUGGUGAACCUUGGCCAGAAUGACUUGGCGACGGUACUGGCGGUAUGGAGUGGAAAUCUAAGUGAGAUGAAUUAUAUUGGAACUGCAGUUCCCGGAUCCCCGGUGGACACUUCAUCAUCAGACGUUACUGUGAAGAAACUUCAAGCGUUUUUUGCUCAGAGCGAACCGAUACGGAAAGAAGUUACCGUCAGAUUCACUCUUGAAGGUAUCGAGCUCAAACUGUUCUCCGACAUGGACGAGAUAUUAAGCUCUCCAGUUCGGGACCUUAAUCACGGUUUAGCAAAAUUAUCAGCUGGAGAAGCGACGGUAUCUUUGGACUGCUAUUCAGACGGCACUAAGGAGGUCAAAGCUAGCUUACAAAGUUUGCUAGUGGAAGAUAUUCGGGCGGAUCCAAGCAUUGUUAUUCGACGCAUAUUCCAGUCCCAGGGCGGCGGUUCAAAGGCGGCGGCCGGUAUUUCGGUACUACGGCCGGCGCUUUUAGACGCAAGCGUGCGAUGCUCAGCCCGAGCGGCCACGUGGGACGUGCGCGUCGACCGCACGCGCCUCAACCUCGCGCUGCCGUUCCUGCUGCAGCUGGCGCGCACGCUGCUGGACGCCAUGCCAGGUGAGAAGACGAUGGACGGUGGCGUGGUAAACCAUGGCUACGUGGGCGAAAUAGACCCGACACGACCCGGGAAUAACAACUGUAACGUGCGCUUUCCAAGCUCUAGCGACUCUACUAGCGGGUACUACUCUACAUCAACAUCAAUCAUAGAGGAAGCACCCAGCCUUUCAAUAUCGAUUCAGUGUCGUCAACCGGAGGUGAUGUUCUUUACGGACCUCACGAAGAGCGACGGUCAUGCCUUGCUACUACGCACCGAGCUCCUCGUUGACUACUCCAGUCAUUCUAACACUGAAAGCCUAGUGCUGUCGUUGGCCGGUCUGCAGAUCCUGUCUAAGCUUCAAUCCAAGCUGAAGAAUCUACCGCCGCAGCUAGUUCUAAAACCUUGUGACAUAGAGUUUUCAAAAUCUUUUAAGAACAUCGAAGAGGGCAUCAAAGUCAGAUUAUCGGUGUCGGAAAUUGAAUUCCACGUGGCGGCAACAACUGUACAUACUGUUAUGGAUAUUAUAGAAGAAGUAACCACAGAAUUGACAAUACCUGACGAGAAGGAAGCGUUUAACUUUGCCACAUAUAACCAAAGGCCGGAGAAACCAGACGAAGAUCUCUGGUCUCCCAAGAAAAUUAGCGUGCCGAAUGUGCAACUUAGCAUUGAAGGCAGCUACGUGCAGCCCAAGUACCCAAGUAUCAAACCUACUGAGACCUUCGAAGUGAUGGUACCGAGUGUAAAGAUCAUGUUUGAAAUCGAGCAGACUGUUAGAAUUCCCGUCCUGUUGAUAAAGAUGUCGGCAGAAAUAACGGUGCACGAUUGGUCCCGGCAGCUGCACGGUGGUGGCUCACUGAGCGUGCAGGCGGACUGCUACAACGAGCAACUGCACACCUGGGAGCCGCUACUCGAGCCUGUGGUGGAGGACAACCGUCAGCGACCUUGGGAACUUACCGCCACAGUUUUCCAGGCAAAAUCAUACCCGAUGUCAUCGCGUCUUGACACCAACAGUAUUCAAGAAGUAACAGAAUCAGACCAGGCUGCCACAUCACAGCCGCUGAAGAAGCGCAAGAAGCGUAGUGAAUUUGAAUCUGAGACUUCUGCAGAUGAAGCCGACACUGACAAUGAGAUGACUUUUAUCAGGAAUCCCAAUGGUAAGGAGAACAUGACCUAUAGCAUGGGAUUCAAUGCUGGCAGUCUGUCUUUCUUGAAAGCCUUGGACAUCGAAGACUCUGAUUCAGAAAACGAAAUUGCUCCUAAGGACAGAAUGUCGACAGCUUUUGGAUAUUUAUUUACUGACGAUUCUAGCGAAGAUGAAUUAAGUAACGACGACUCAUCAACGCCCGAGCAGAGUGAAGCUGACGUUAUCAGCGAAAGAGAAGAGAAUGAAGAAAAGCUCGAAACCUAUAUCGAUGGAGAAGAAAAUAUCAAAAGAGAGAUGGAACAUAAAAGUGUGACCUUACAGGAGCCGAGCCGCGAGGGCAGCGUGGAGUCAGCGGUGGACUCUGAGGUGGAGGGGAGGCAGUGCACGUAUGUGUCGCUCUGGGCGCGUACUGCACUCAACGCGACGCUGUCGCCAGCUGGCGUGCGCAGCUUUCGCGCUCUGGCUGCCGCGAUGCACGACCGUACUACUCUUGUCACCGCCAUAGUAGCCGCACAGGAUGGCUUGCAGCUAGUCAACGAUAUAGGCCCCGGUUCUACCGUGCAUCUGAAGACUAGAGCUGAAACUGACCUUGCAGGCAACGAUCGUGUUCUCGCCAUAGCUGAUUACGACGUUGACACCAGCCGUCCGAGCACACCUGGUUGCGAUACUUCAGCAGCUGAUUUGUUGGAUGAAGUUGAGAAGACCACUAAGCAAGAGAUCACAGAUGUCGGCGACGAAUGGGAUUGUUUCGAAGGUGGAUUUGGCGGUACAGCGACAACACCGGUAUCUCCGCACGCGUCUCCUGGUGCACCGCCCGGCGCCGCGGAGCUUCACCGUCGCCUCACCGACCUCACCCUCUCCAUCCGGCUGCAUGACAUGGACCCGCUCAAUAUCCUUUGCCCACAACGCACCGUGUCUAAACUGCACGUGCUCCACCCGAGCAAGAAUGGCACCCGCUACUAUGUGUUGGUGGAGCGAACCUCGAAAUAUAACGCCAAGAAGAUCGUAGUUAGAUCACCCUUACAGGUACGCAACGAAACGUCCUACGCGUUAGAACUGCUAUACAAAAAGUCUGACUUGGAAGCAGCAGGUGUGGAGCCAGUGGGUGCGAUGCGGAACCCGUUCUGUGGUCUACUGCGGCUGGCUGUGCUAGCCCCGGACGAUACUUUCAACGUACCCCUCUAUAUUGCCUACCAUUGCAAGCUCUACUUGCUGCCGACUAACUUCGAAUCUUAUCAAACCACUACCCAAGGUAUAUGGUGGAUGGAGCUUGCAAAAGAUUUAGGCACACCGCGAGAUAUCAUUUGCCCUGCCAAGGCUGAUAAUGAUCCUAGUAUAUUCGCAAUGAAGAUUGUGCCCGUUGAAGGAUGCCAAUCACAAAAAGUGACUCGCGCUAUUCCCAAUUUGCUGUUACGCGUAGUACCAUCACUUGGAGUACACAACUGCCUACCGCACGCUUUACAAAUCACAGGUGGAGGGUUGAAGUUGCGCAUAGAACCUGGUGAAAGGGCCCAUGUUUAUACUUUGGACCUGUCUAAAUCUCACCGUCUUACCUUAGAUAUACAAUAUCUUGGGUUACCUUGGAUUGGAAGCUUUACUUUAUCUCCAGAUAUGACAGAGAAAACAGUGAACAUGACGACUGAGUGCGAUACUGAUGGAGGUAACAAACAACUUGGCGUAUGCGCCCGAGUUCAACGAAGUGAUUAUUGGCGACUUUUGAUAUAUGCACCCUGUUGGAUAAUUAACAAGACUGGACUUCCUCUACAAAUUAAGGGAGGGCGCGGCGAGGCGGCGCAGGAGGCUUGCGAGGAGGCGCUGCUGUGGGGCGGGCGCUUCGAGCUCGUGCGGGUGCGCGCGCACCAGUCCAGCUGGUCGCGCCGCGCGCGCGUGCGCCCGCACGCGCCCGGCCUGCUCGUGUGCGCGCAUAGCGAGCGCCGCACCAACUACCGCAUAUUGCUACACGUUACACUAUCGGAAUUAUGCCCUCAACUAACGAAGAUCGUGACCCUCCUACCCUAUUUUCUCGUGUACAACGACACAAAGAAACAUUUGCGUUUCAUGGAAGAGAACGAAGCAGCAGACCUAUGGAUCGACCUAGCGCCGCAGCAAUGUACGCCGUUUUGGCCGCAGACUGAUUCGAUGUCGAUGCAUUGCAAGUACAGAGACUCUAACGUCGUAUCCCAGCACUUCCCGAUAACUAAAAAUCAUUUCACCGUGCUUAGAAUGGAUAAAGGGGUAAGUAAAUAA